AUGACAAGUGAAAACGAAUUAGAUGUUAUUAAACCAAUGGACACUAUUGAAAGUAAAGAUGAACAAACUUUAUUAACUACUUCUGUUGAACAAGCAAUAACACCUAAAGAAGAAGACGAAAAAGUAAAUGUUGAAAAGCCAAAACGUCCUGGACGAAAAAAACGUGAAUCAUCAUCAAUAUUAGAUACAAAAGAAGAAGCAAAUUUAAAUAUUGCUAAUAAUAUGGAUACUCAACCACUUUUCGAACAGCCAAUUAUUCUUGAAGGAAAACGUUCACGAAAACCAACAUUACGAUUAGAAUUAUCUGAUUUAACAACACCAAAAAAAGAAUUAUCUAUUCCUCAGGGUCAUGGAAAACCAUUAGGUGAAAUUGAAUAUAUUAAUUAUCAAAUAACUCAUGCAUCAACUGAUGCUGUAUCUCGUAUGCGCAAUAUAUGUUUUGGUCGACGAGCAAGUCAAACUAAUAUAAGACAAAAUCUUCGAGAAUUUAAAGGAUUUGAAUUUGAACGUGAUGGUGAUGAAUAUCAACGACAUUUAAACAAUUUAAUCAAACUAAAAAAGGAUCAAUUACGAUCAAUUUCAGAUAUUCUUGGUUUACCAGCAUCUGGUCGUAAUAAUGAACAUGCUGAAAGAAUAUUAAAUUUUUUAAUGAAUCCAAUUGAUGAAGGAAAACCAAUACCAGAAAGAAAAAAGUCCAUACGACGUAGUUCAAAAAAAUCUAGUACUAAUUCAAAACAAUCAAGUCAUACAGAUGAUGAAGAAAAUGAAUUCGAAGAUAAAACAGAAAAUGGUAAUGAUGAUAAACAUGAAGAAAUUUUUAAUGAUGAAGAGGACGAAGAAGAAGAAGUAGAAACCGAUGAUGAUUAUAUUGGUAGUGAUGAAGAAAGUGGCUUAAAUACUAAAGAUGAUCCAGAUGAUUUUGUUUAUCAACCUGGAAAGAAAACACCUAAGAAAAGAACAUCAGUUAAACGUUCACGAAAAGGAACUGGUGCUGCAACAAGAUCAAAACGUGGUCGUAAAAGAUCUAAGAUUAUGAUAGAUGAAAAGACCGAGAAUGAAGAUGUACCUGGUCCUGCUGAACAAAUGCAAAUAAAUGAUGAAGAAAUCAAAAAAUCAAAUGAAGACAAUGUUACGACUGAAAUAAAUACUGAUGAAGUUAAAAAUGAUAAUCUUCAAACUAUAGACACAAAUUUACCAGAACAAAAUGACGCAACCAUGAACAAAAAUGUUACAGAAUGUGUGCGUCAGUAUUGUAACAGUCAAAUAAAUACAGCAUCGGUGCCAAUUCGCUGUCCCAAUGGUGAAUGUAAUAAUCGAUUAUCACUAAAUGAACUUCAUUCUCUGCUUUCUGAUGCACAAUAUCAACUUUAUAAUAAAUUGUUACUUGAUCAUGAGGUGACAAAUGAUCCUCAUCGACUCUUUUGUCCACAUGUUGAUUGUGGUCAAGUACUAUCAAUAAUUGAUGAAAGCAAAAUUCAUAAAGAACAUCCGAUGACUUGUACAAAAUGUCAAACAACAUUUUGUUUAAAAUGUCGUUCACAAUGGCAUCCAAAUGAACAUUGUUCUGAUUUACUUACACCAUAUGAAAUGGAAGCUGAUUCCAAUAUAAAACGUUGUCCAAGAUGUCGUUUUCCAUUAGAAUGGAUUGCCGGUUGUGCACAAAUAAUGUGUGUUAAUUGUAAACAUAUUUUUUGUUGGUAUUGUUUAAAAUCACUUGAUAAUGAUUUUUUUUUGUUACAUUUCGAAAGUGGACCUUGUCGAAAUAGACUGGGUCAUUCUCGUGCAUCACUGUUUCUUCAUCGUCUUACAAUUGUUGGUAUAUUUAUUGGUUUAAUUCUAUUGCUUCUUAUUGCUAUACCAUUUUUAAUUUUAACUGCACCUUGUUUAUUAUGUUGUCGUUAUAAACAAAUAAAAAAUCGUUUAAAAAAUUUAACAAAAUUAGGACAACGUUUUCAACAACAGCAAUAUACACCAACAGCACAUCCAUCACCAUCAUCAUCAUUAAAUCAAUUAAAUAAUUCAUCAUUGAUUGAUAUCGAACAAGACACAAAAACAAUGAUCAAAACUUCAUUAUUAUCUUCAUCAUUAAAAAAUAUCAAUCAAUCGAAACCUGAAUUAUCAUCCGUUUGA